AUGCAUGGCUUACUAUCUUCCCCUUUUCCUUACGAUAGCAUCUUACUAUCUUCCCCUUUUCCUUACGAUAGCAUCUUACUAUCUUCCCCUUUCCCCCUCGUCCCCACAACCCUCGAUGACUUUACAAUAACAGCUGAGUCGGCGAGAGUCGAGGGCGACUGGCCAGUCUCGUGGUGCCACGUGGCGGACAACGUCCUCAUUGGGUCGCCGCUGGCGACGGCAGACGACGCCAAGGCUGUGAUGGCGGCUGCUGACGUCACUGCUGUCGUGGCCCUUAUGACGGAGCAGCAGGAGCGGGAGCUGGGCGUUGAUUGGCCCGCAGUAGCGGCAGCAGUCACGGAGGCGGGAGGGGCAGCUGUGCGGGUGGAAUCGGUGGAAACGCUAGGGGAGAGUGCUGCUGUUGCGGCGGCAGCAGCAGCAGCAGCUGGGGAGAAGGCAGACUCUUCGACCAAUGCCCAGGUGCCUGUGCUGCUCGAGGCUGUGCGCGUGGUGGCGUCGCUGGCAGCAUCGGGGCACCGGGUGCUCGUGGUCAGCUGCCAGCCCAACGCUGCCGGCGCGCUGACUGCCCUGGGCUACCUGUCUCUGGUGAAGGGCGAGACGGCGGAGGCAGCAGCAGCGGCGCUGAAGCGCGUGUGCCCUUCCGCGAGGCCCACCUUAGACGCCCUGGAGCAGACCCACACGCACCUGGCGGCGGGCAACAGCCAGCGGCUGACGAAGCUGGCGGCGGCGGAGCUGCAGCAGCGCAUCGCCAAGGGCGUCAGGGGGAGCAGCGCCAGUGACUGGAAGGCGGCUGAGAGGAAGCUUGCAAUGGAGGGCUUCCAGCGCAUGGUGGCUGCUGAUGUGGCGCUCUCUGAAGCGCUCUCCAAGGCCGCCAUCAGGAGGGCUACGAGGGAGGCGGAGAAGCAGAUCGAGGGCGGAGCGGCAUCCCCCCAGGAAAAGGUGAACAUUUUGAUGGCUCAGAUUCAGCAGCUGGAGGCCAGGCAGAAAGCGGCAGCAGAAGCCGAAACCGCCGCCACGGACCGAAUCUCCUUCUUUCUUAACCAGCUGACAACCCUCCGAACCAAGCACGCCGAGGCUGAAAAGACCGCCAAGGCAGCCUCGGCCCGAGCCUCGAGGCUCGCCACGCAGCUCUCUGCCGCAGCUAACCGCGAGGCGUGGUCCCAAGCCUCCGCCGAAGCUGCCCAGGGGAGGUUCGGGGAGCUCGAAGCUGAGGUGGCCGGGCUGCGGGAGAGAGAGUCGGAAUUGAUCGAGGCUCGGCGGAAAGCCGAGGCUGAAGCGGAGGAGGCGAAGAGGAAAGCAGAGGCUCUGAAGGCUGAGGUGGUUACAGUGGGGGAGAAGCAAGAGGAGGCUGUUGCGGCUAUGGCAGAGGCUAAAGAGAGGAUCGGGUUUUUGUCGGGGGUUGUGAAGGAGCUGGAGCAGAAGGAGAAGGCGGCGCGGAGUGAGGUGGCUUCGGCUGUACAGAUGACGCAAGUGGUGGAGAAACGGGAGCAAGCAGCGCUGGUGAAGGUGAAGGAUUUGACCACCCGUGUUGCAGCACUAGAGACGGAGGUGGCAGCAGCGCACGAGGCAGCGCGCAUUGCCAAUGGGAAGUGCGAGUUCUUCGCUCGCGUGAUGGAGACUCUGAGGGAGAGGGAGCAGGCUGCGCUGGCCCAGGCGCGUCAGGCCAACACGCUGCUGGCAGGAGUGAAGGCUGAGCUGUCUGCUGCCAAGGAACGGGAGGCGAGCCUCAGAGCUUCCUGGAAGGAGGCUGUAGCGCGCGCUGAGAAGGUGGUGGCGGAGCUGGGCGCGGCCAAGAGGAUGCAGGGCGAGGCUGUGCGAGAGAGGGAGGCGGCUGAGGUGGCGCUGGCUGCUGCUGAUAGCCCCAUG